AUGUCUGGUGAUACCGCGACGAAGAAACGGAGCCCAUGGGUGCUGGCGCGUAUGGGUGGUACCGCCGUUGCUCGACUGAAAAGUCGGCCGAGUAUGGCUUCGUUGGUGUCCGAUGACACCACUGUCAGACCUGCAGAUCGUGCGAGCCCCGCCGCUUCGGUAGUGUCACUUGCCCUCGCUGAUCCUCAAGAACAAUUCAAGGUACAAGAUUCACAACAGAAGCUGCAGAACGAUAGCAACAGUUUGUUGACGGCGAAGAAUGACACUAUUACAACUCUGCUGGGCAGAGUGACCAAGCUGGAGACAAUGCUGAGCACUACGAAAGACGACGCCGACAAGCAGUCAGUUGCGCUGCGAAUUUCCGAAGAAGCAAGAGAGCAAGCUGAGAAUGCCUUGAGUGAUGCGGAGGCGCGGUUGUCCGCUUUGGCUGCGGACAAUGAGCGACAGCUGUCUGAAUUAGCAGCUCUUCGUCGCGAAAUUGGCGAAAGCAAAGCUGCAGAGGCUGCCCGUAUAGCAGCCUUUGACAGAGAGCGCAACGCACGCUCGAAGGUGGAAAGUGAACGUUCCGCCAUAUCUGCUCGAAAUGAGGAGCUGCAAGCUGCGCUCUCCAAAACCGAAACAGAACUUCGAUCGAUGGCGAACGAGCUCCAGCUUUCGGCUACUCGUCUUGAUUCUCUUGCUGCUGAGCGAGCUUCACUCCAAGUCGAGGUCGAAGAAAAGUCUGCAUAUAUCUUGGAGCUGCAGAGGGUAGCCACGAACGAGAAGGCACGACGACAAGAGAUGGACGCUAAAGUGGCCGAAGUUCAGACGCAGACUCUGCGCAUGAAGGAGAGCUUGGAUCGGAUGGUUGCCGAGAAGGAACGCGCGGAGAGAGAAGCGUCUAGCGGUAUGAAGGCUCUGCAGGCUGCCAACAGCGCAUUAGAAGACGAUUUGGAUAGGUCACGUAUAGAGGUGGCGAAUCAGACUGCUCAGUUGGAGGAGCUAGAAGCGCUCCUGGAAGAGUCGCAUAUUCACCAUGAAAGGACGAAGUCGGAUGCGUCGACCACCGCACAAGGACACGCUCAUGAGCUGGAGGAACUCGAGGAGAAACAUCAGAGCAGACAGAGUGCGAUGCAGCAGGAAAUUGCGAGGCUCGCCACAGCACUUGAGGACCAAAAGGCAAAAACUGGAGCGGAGGUUGGUGCGUUAAGAGAUGCGCAUGAGCGCAUGCUAGAGGAAGCGCUCCGUAUGGCCAAGAUUGAAUCCGAAUCCGUUCUCCGCGACCGAAUUCAAGAGGUCAGGACGGAAGCGUCGACGUCUCUGUCCCAGCUCCGUGCUGAACAUCGUUCGGCUCUGGUGCAACUUGCCCAUGAGCAUGCCACAGCCCUGCAGACGCAGGCCACAGUGUUCCGAGAGGAGCUCGGACAGAAGGAUCGAUCCAUCCAGACAACGCAAGCGGAACUAGAGGAUGCCCAGACUGCCUUGGGCACGUCACAGGUUCAGGCAAGCAGCCUGCAGGCGAAGCUAGAUGAGGCGCGGCCACUCGUUGCACUUAUCGAGCAGAAGAAGAACGGAGAGAUCCUAUACCUCCAGCGUGAACUCGAAGGGGCGCGCAAGGCACAUGCGAGCCUUCGAGAGGAGCACGCCACGACGCUCAAGCGCGUGAGCGGCCUGGAGCAAACACUUCGAGACAACAUAGAAGAGAUCGAGCGUCUGAAAGUUGCAUCCUUACAAGCGGAACCCGUAACACUAGCCUCUUCGGCUCCGAGUGCCGUGGCUGUGACACCGCAGGUAGCAGACUCGAAGCCCGUCGUGCAGGAGCGCACUGUGCAACAGCAGGAUGUUCUGCCCACGCCACAACAUACUGGCCCGAAUCCCGAUGUAUCGCAGGCUAACAUGGCCCAACAACCGACCAGCACAGCGGCGAAGCAGGAGAUGCCCCCGAGGCAGGAGACGGGCUCUGCGAUACCACAAGCGAUCACAGCACAGGCGGAAUUUGCGGGGAGACAGACAGCGACUCCGAGCCCUACUAUCGAGCCUCCACCUAGGACUCACAAGUCCGGCGGCCCGACGCGCGACGAGUGGCAGAGGCGUGUGCCAGCGUCAGAUGCAAAUGCAAUGACACUAGUCCAUGCGAUAGCCAUGCCCAUGCUUCAAGCGACAGCAGCAGUGGGACAGGUCUUGGGUGUGGGGAAGGUCUUGGGGCGACUCUGGCGCCGCCGUCGGUGA